AUGGAAACCUACGCGAAUGACGAAUUAAAUCCUUUGGACAGCCCGUUUCUCCGAGACGUCGUCCAGGCGGCCUGCGAGAAGCGAGGAUGGUCAAUCUACAACACCUAUGUGGCCAUCCAACUUGCCAAGUUCAUCGAGAAUACUAGGGAAAUGGUUGGCAAGCUCCCUCGCACCAUUGCUGGCGUAUGUCUCCUUACCGUGGCAGUACGCCUCAACACUCACGAAACUUUGCGCGAGAUUGCCUAUUGCGUCGGUAUCACGUGGCAGACGGUGCAAAAGCGUUACAACGAGUAUCAUUACCUCUGGGAUCAGUUCCCCUGGGAAGAUUUUCCCCCACAAGAGUAGAAAUUCUACGCAGAAUGUGAUCACUUGGAUACCA